CGUGAUCGCAUGCUGACUUUGUUUGCGUUUCUGCUGCUCUCACCCUGCUGUCGUACGCGUCUUACGGCGUGCGAGUGGCUCCCGUCGGCAAGACAGCCGUAGAGGCGCACAUCACUCCCUCCGCAUCUGAUCAUCGCGGAGAUCUGAGCAGUGUUGUUGUGUGAGGGGAUUGAUCAACAAGCAAUAGGUCUGCGUUGUCGUCUGUCUGCUGCACAAACCUCGUCGACCCGCAAGUAAGCACGAGCUCCCAGCACUCCACGACCUUCACGCUCGCUGUUUGUUGCUCCCCUCUCUCAGAUCUUCAGAAACGCGAUGGUGAUGAUGUCGGCACCAUCGCUGCUGCUUGCGUGCUUCCUGAUGGUCCAGAUGGCCAGCGGCUCUUUGGUUGCUUUCCAUCCUCAUCGUGCCCAUGCGGCAAAGGCGCGGGCGAGGGCGAUGCCUGGGUCACGGCGGCGAUCUCGGCCCUCUUCUCACAUGAGGAUGAGUCAAGAAGGUGAGUGAGCGACCAAGGGGGAAGAGCAGACGAGCAACAUUACCCCUCACACACCGCUUUGUGUUGUCUGCGCAUGUGUGUGUCAAAUGCAGGUGCGCUACGUGUGACGCCUGACGGCUUGGUGCCCCUCAAAGACCUCAACAAGCUGUCGCUCGAAAAACAGUCGCUCAGAGAACAGUCAACGUCGCCGUUGCCGGAGCUCGUGCCUUCAAUCAAUCUAGGAAGCCUCGACCCCACUUACUUCAUUGGUGACAAGGAUCUCGACGAAGUGGUCAGCGACAUCAUGCGGUGCUAUAAGGAGGACGACAGCAUCCUUGCGUCUUCAGAUCGGAUUCCGCCCAUGUCGUAAGCAACAAAGGGCCCAGAACACACACACACACACACACACACAUGCACACACGUCUCUUCUCUCUCCUGUUACAAUGCGUGUGCUUGCAGACUUACCCGCCACCCCCGCGGAGGCAAGACCCGGUUUCUGAAGGAGAUUGGGCGCCGGCUCCGCGACAAGCAGAAAGUGCCCUCCAUCAGAAUCGCUUUCAACGAUCGGACUGGGAAACAGGACGUGGAGGAGACCCUAUCGCUGAAACAGCGGCUGCUCAAGCGAAUCGGCUGGUCGGUGGCCACCGAUGAGACGCGCUCUCUUGUCGGCAACAACUUCAAGCGAUGGAUGGAGACAGUGGACGUGCCGGAGAGCACGAUAGAGGAGUGGCUGGGUGACGGCGGCUGUGUGCUCCUCAUCGAUGAGAUGAACAGUAAGUGGGUGGGUGACACCAUGAAUGCGCGAAUGCCGGUAUGGCGUGUGUUUUGUUUGUGUUGUGUUGUGUUGUGCUGUGUUGUGUUGUGUGUGUGUGUGUGUGUGUGUGCGUGUGUCAGAGCUCAUUACCGAUGCUAUUCGAGGAGGCACCGAGGAGACCGACCUGGCCGCCUUUCUGAAAUGCUACUUCAUCGACAAGGCCAACAGAUACCUCGUCCUCUCCAGUCACACCACGACGACGGGCGACAAACUGUCGACGUUCAUUACGUCUCCGAGUGAUCGCGACGUCAUUCGGCCUCGUCUGCCCGUGAUCACCAGCCCAGAAGAGGUGGAAAAGCUCGGCGUGGACGCCAUAAACGAGGGGGCGCUCUGUUACCUGGGCCUGACGCCUGCCCUGGUCUAUACGGUCUACAACCUCAGGUCUGGUUAUGUCCGCAAUGCCGUAG